UAACACAAACCUGUCAAAACACAACCAUCUGUCAAAACUACACAAUAUUUUUCAACUUCUUUUCGUUUCUUCCAUAACAUUUCCUCAAGUAUACACUGUACACGUCAUGAAAAUACACAAACCACUUGACCCACACUUCUAAAGGAUAUAAUAACCUAAAAAGUUGAUAAGUAAAGUACAAAAAGACGACAUGCAGUGGAUAACCCAUCUGGAAGGUGGCCCCCGAAGAGUAAAUCACGCGGCUGUAGCUGUGGGGCACAAAAUAUACACAUUUGGGGGCUAUUGCACUGGAGAGAAUUCGCGUAAAUACUCCUCUAUGGAUGUCCACGUUUUAAACACGACCACCUUUCGAUGGACUAAACAUCCAGUAAGUGAUUUACCAUAUUUCGAAAACGACGAUAUUUUGCCGUAUAAACGGUACGGACAUACGGCGGUUUUGUAUAAAGAAAAAAUUUAUAUUUGGGGUGGACGUAAUGAUGCCGCUUCGUGUUCUGUGCUAUUCCAAUUCGAUCCUGUUUGGCAUUGUUGGACCGCUCCAAGAACUACCGGAGAUUUACCUCCAGCUAGGGAUGGACAUAGUGCCUGCGUUUGGAAAAAUAGAAUGUAUAUUUUUGGAGGUUAUGAAGAUGGAAUUGAUGCUUUUGCUAGAACAACUUAUAUGUUGGAUUUAGAAAAAAUGGUUUGGACGGGGAUUUAUGUUAAAGGUGUAGAGCCAAGCAACAGGGAUUUUCAUUCUGCUGUUUGUAUAAAUGAUAAAAUGUACGUAUUUGGUGGUAGAGGAACUGAAAUGGAUGGUUUUUCAUCAAACAUAGUGGUAGAUGUUUAUUGUAAUGAUAUAUGGUAUUUAGAUCUUCGUACACACGAAUGGGUUAAACCUGUUGUUCAUGGGCAAAAAGCUAUUGGUCGAAGAAGUCAUUCUGCAUUUGUUUAUAAUAACAAAAUGUACAUAUUUGGUGGCUACAAUGCAGUCGAAUUGGUUCAUUUCAAUGAUCUCCACGAAUUUGAUCCCUCUACGAAUACAUGGCGGGAAAUUAAAGCUCACGGUCAACCACCUUGUAGUCGUAGACGCCAAGCUUGCGUUUUAGUUGAGAAUCGAUUGUUCCUAUUUGGUGGCACAAGUCCUAUUUGUACUGUUCGUUUUGAUGAAGAUGAGCUCAUAGAUCAUAGUGAUAUGCACGUUCUCGACAUGAAUCCUAGUUUAAAAACGUUAUGUUUCCUUGCGUUAAAACGAUACGAUUUAGAUGAUUCAUUACUGCCACAACAUGUCAGGGUUGAAUACGCAAAUAUGUUCACUCCAAAUAAAAUAACAAUAAGCAGGCCGAAUAAUUCAGCUGGAUAAUCCUGGUUGAUUAUUUGCUCCCCUCAGUCGUUUGUCUAACUACUUUUUUUGAUCUUUUUUUUUGCUAAAUUAAUUCAUCAACAUUCACAAUUCCACAUCAACAAAAAAUAAAUAAAUAAUACUCAGUAUUAACUAAGUAAAAUGUAAACCUGUAUCUACCUAUAAUAAUAUUACGAUAUAAUCAUUA